GUGGCGCAGGCCAUUAAUCCCUGUAGGGGCAGGCGGAUCUCUGAGUUUGAGGCCAGCCUGGUCUACAGAGCUAGUUCCAGGACAGGCUCCAAAGCUACAGAGAAACCCUGCCUCGAAAAACAAACAAACAAACUAACAAAAAAUAGAGAUAAAGGGAAUGCCAGUCACAGCAGACGAAGUAGGUCCCCAGGCAGGGUCAAGGACUUCUUUCCUCCUACCUUCCUAGUUAGACUGGUUUGAGCACUCCCACAUCAGUCUUGUACUUACAAGGUGGAGCUACAUAGGGCUUUGGAAAAAGAACUUCAAUGACGAAGCUGCCGCACAGACCAUCACCUGCUUUAAUCUUUUGCUGUUCUCAGUUGAAAUGCCAAGCAUGAAAUGAGUCAUUGAGAUUGAACUCCUAUUGUCUGAAAAUCAGGCCAAAUUUGUCAUAUAUCGGAAGAAGAUUUUAAAUGCCAGAGCCAUUUAACCGAUGGUUUAGCUGUUGAAUUCUGACACUUCUUUUGCCAACCUGUUCGUUGGGAAAAAUUCAGAAAAAACAGACGUGUAUAUCUAUCUACAUUGGCUAUGGCUAUACCAAUAACAGUGCUUGACUGUGAUCUCUUGCUGUAUGGCCGAGGUCAUCGGACCUUGGACCGUUUUAAGCUGGAUGAUAUGACUGAUGAAUAUUUGAUGUCCACGUAUGGAUUUCCACGACAGUUCAUUUACUACUUAGUGGAACUCUUGGGGGCAAGUCUUUCUCGACCUACUCAGCGAUCUAGGGCUAUUAGCCCAGAAACUCAGAUCCUGGCAGCAUUGGGCUUCUAUACCUCGGGCUCCUUCCAGACUCGGAUGGGAGAUGCAAUUGGAAUUAGUCAAGCCUCCAUGAGCCGAUGUGUUGCCAAUGUCACUGAGGCCCUCGUGGACAGGGCCUCACAGUUUAUUCACUUUCCAGCGGAUGAGGCCGCCGUCCAGUCUCUGAAGGAUGAGUUCUGUGGGCUGGCAGGGAUGCCGGGAGUCAUAGGGGUGGUUGACUGUAUCCACGUGGCAAUCAAGGCGCCGAAUGCUGAAGACCUCUCUUAUGUGAACCGCAAGGGUCUGCAUUCUUUGAACUGUCUGGUGGUGUGUGACAUCAGAGGGGCACUAAUGGCUGUGGAGACACGCUGGCCAGGUAGCCUGCAGGACUGUUCCGUGCUACAGCAGUCUUCUCUAAGCAGUCAGUUUGAAACUGGGGUGCAUAAAGAUAGCUGGCUUCUUGGUGACAGUUCCUUCUUUCUCCGCACCUGGCUCAUGACUCCACUUCGUGUUGCUGAAACCCCAGCAGAGUAUCGCUAUAACAGGGCCCAUUCUGCAACUCACAGUGUGAUUGAGAAGACUUUGCGAGCCCUCUGCUCUAGGUUCCGAUGCCUGGAUGGAUCGAAGGGAGCACUGCAGUACUCGCCGGAAAAAUCCAGCCACAUCAUCUUGGCUUGUUGUGUCCUUCAUAACAUUUCCCUGGAACAUGGGAUGGAUGUUUGGUCCUCUCCAGUGACCGGACCCAUUGAACAGUCACCUGAGGGCGAGUGUGAGCUAACGGAGUCCCUGGAUUUGGAGGCUGACCGAAUCCGGCAGGAACUAAUGCUCACUCACUUCAGCUAGUGUGGAAGGUAGAAGAAGGAGACUUUCCCCUUACCAGCCCAUCACCAGGUUCUGGCAUCCAGUGAGACUGAAUGUGCACACUUGUCAUAAAUUAACAUUCAGUGUUUUAGAAGGGCAGGAGGUGGGGGAAGGCAUGCCAGCAAAUGUCAGUCAACUAGACCGAAACGAGACGUUUCCCUGAUGUGCGGUGAGGCCACGCUGGGCACCACUCUGUUUCCCUGGUGUGCAGUGCAGUGAGGCCACGCUGGGCACCAUUCUGUUUCCCUGGUGUGCAGUGAGGCCCACGCUGGGCACCAUUCUGUUUCCCUGAUGUGCAGUGAGGUCCACGCUGUGCACCAUUCUGUUUCCCUGGUGUGCAGUGAGGUCCACGCUGGGCACCAUUCUGUUUCCCUGGUGUGCAGUGAGGCCCACGCUGGGCACCAUUCUGUUUCCCUGGUGUGCAGUGAGGCCACGCUGUGCACCAUUCUGUUUCCCUGAUGUGCAGUGCAGUGAGGUCCACGCUGUGCACCAUUCUGUUUCCCUGGUGUGCAGUGAGGUCCACGCUGUGCACCAUUCUGUUUCCCUGAUGGGCAGUGCAGUGAGGUCCACGCUGUGCACCAUUCUGUUUCCCUGAUGUGCAGUGAGGCCCACACUGUGCACCACUCUUUACUGUUCUCUGGCUGCAACUGUAAAACCGUAGUAAAGGAGAACAGCACAUAACCAAAGCAUUUGUUGUUCUGGAGAUCUCAAAUGAAAACAAUGUUUUUCCUGAUUUCUUCAUUUCCUUCCUCCUUCCUUUCUCCCCUCCCUCCCUCCACCCUUCUUUUCUUGCUAGAGACUUUUCUUCUCAAAACUGAUAGCACAGACUGCCCUGGUGCUCACUACAUUGCCCAGGUUGGCCUGGCCCUUGUAACAGCUCUCCUUCUUCAGCCUCUCCGAUGCUGGGUGACAGGUGUACGACAUCAUGCCUGGUACCCUGAUUCUGCCUGGUGACAGGUGUACGACAUCGUGCCUGGUACCCUGAUUCUGCCUGGUGACAGGUGUACGACAUCAUGCCUGGUACCCUGAUUCUGCCUGGUGACAGGUGUACGACAUCGUGCCUGGUACCCUGAUUCUGCCUGGUGACAGGUGUACGACAUCAUGCCUGGUACCCUGAUUCUGCCUGGUGACAGGUGUAUGACAUCAUGCCUGGUACCCUGAUUCUGCCUGGUGACAGGUGUAUGACAUCAUGCCUGGUACCCUGAUUCUGCCUGGUGACAGGUGUAUGACAUCAUGCGUGGUACCCUGAUUCUGCCUGGUGUACGACAUCGUGCCUGGUACCUGAUAUCUUGUUUCUCACCUUUGCUGUCUACAUGGGCAAAUAGAAUGACUUUAGUUGAGGAAUAAUCUAAGUGAAUACUUGCCUAGUGAGUGUGAAGUACUGAUUCCUAGAACUAGUUGAAAUGAGGAGAAAGGAACUGCUAGUCUGCAUCUGUAGGAUGUUCUGAAGAGGACAUUAAGGACAGGCGGAAGCCACCAUUCUGAGUGUGCCAGCACUAAUUGGACCAUGAUUUGGAUCUAGUUCCUGAGGGGAACAUCUGAACUCCAGUCUCCUAGUUCACUCUUGAGUCAGAGUCAGAGGCCAAAUGGGGGUAAAGACGAUAAUUUAAAUAUAGUUAAAGCACCACGUUUAUAUUUUACAGAGAAUCUAAAGACCCUGGCAGUUCAACAAGAGAUUCCCACAAGUUUACAAAAUUCAUAUCUAACUAGACUACUUUUGGGUGGUAGGGGAUUGAGACAGGGUUUCUCUAUAGCUUUGGAGCUUGUCCUGGAUCUAGUUCUGUAGACCAGGCUGGCCUCAAACUCACAGAGAUCCACCUGUCUCUGCCACCCAUGUGCUGGGAUUAAAGGUGUGUGCCACCACCACACCACCCAGCGACAUUUCUUUUUAAAAAUAGCACUUAUUCAUUUAUUUUGUGUGUGUAUGUGGUACAUGGUGCCUGUGUGAAGGUCAGAGGACAACUUGUGGGGGUCACUUCUGUCCUUCCACUCUGUGAGUCUAGAGAUUAAACUCAGCAGACUUGGUAGCAAGUGUCUAUCUGCUGAUGUAUCUUGCUGGCCUGACAUCCUCCUUUCCCCCUCCCCCCAGACAGUGUUUUUCUGUGUAACAGCCUUGGCUGUCCUGGAACUAGGUCUGUAGACCAGGCUGGCCUCGAAUUCACAAGAGACCUGCCUGCCUCUGCCUCCCAAGCGCUGGGGUUAAGGCCUCCCACCUCUGCCUGGUCCUCCUCUUCCAUUUUUAAUGUGGCAGUGCGAUUGAAUUUAAGAGUCCUUUCUCUGCUCUACCUCUAAACUAUACCCUUAGCUUACGUUUCAUUUUAUUACUUUGUUGCUCAAGCUGGCCUUGAACUCACUAGCCUAGACAGGCCUUAAACUCAUAAUCAUCCUGCCUCAGCCUCCUGAGUUGCUGGGAUUACAGAUUAUGCCACCAGACCAGCCUUGGUUAUUUUUUAUAAAGCUAUGGUGUGAGAAUAUUAAUGUAGUCUAUUUUGGAAUUCUUUGUAGAGAGGACAGUUCCGGGGAGAAAAAGGGCCAUAGAGCCAGUCAUAGUGGCUCUUGCUUACAAUCCCAGUACUCAGGAGGCAGAGGUGGUUAUAUUGUGAUUUCAGGCCAGCCUGGGCCACUAUGGUAGCCCCAUCUUUAAAAAGCAGAGGUAUAAAGCAUGACUUGACAUAAACUCUGGAGCUAGACCUAGAAUAUUAUAUGUAGAAUGAUAGACAGCACUUCCCAGGAAGUGAAUAUGCUCUAGCAAGUCUUGUUCUGAAACUUCACUGUUGUAAAAAUAUCCUAAUCGGGAUAAUAGAAGUGUGAAUUAGGUUCACACUUCAAUGUCUUUGCUGGGACUAAAAAGAUUUUCCUGAGGAUUGUCUUGUUCCCAGAUUCUCAGCCAUGUGACACCUCAGAAUUGGUCUCUUGGAUCAUUUUCUACCUGCCUUUGGCAGUGUUAAUCUGGGGAUCUUCAAAGUAAACAGCUGAUGACAGAAGAAAUCUGGAAAUAAAUUGAGGGUGACUCAUCCCUAAGAUUAAAAACAAUUAUGGACUAUUAUCCGCUGUUUAUUUCCGUCCCAAAUGCUAUUUCUCAUCCUUCCCGACCCUGUGAAGAGCGAGUCUCGUGGCGGGAGAGCGCACUCAGUGCGUGAAGCAAGUCCUAGAGGCAGGCCGUGAAUAGCUGCUGGAGACGAGGUUUGAGCAUUACACAGCGAAGACUUUGUUACAGUUUCUUCUUCCUGCAUUUUUUUCUAUUUAGUUUGAGAUAUGAUCUUAUGCAGCCAUGGCUUGCCUGGUACAGACUGUUUAGCUCAGGGUAGCCUCAAAUUCAGCAUAUUCCUAAUUUAGCCUCCCAAGCAUGGGGAGGACAGGCGUGUGCCACUGUGCCAGCUUUGAUUUUGUUCUUUGUUUUUGUUUGUUUGUUUUGUCUGACUUUGUAAUCUGACCUAGAACUCACCCAAUAGACCAGGCUGGGCUUGAACUCAUAGAAAUCCACCUGCCUCUCUGCCUCUGGAGUGCUGGGAUUAAAGGUCACACCCAGCCUCUUGUUUGCUUUGUUUUGUUUUUUGAGUCAGGGUUUCUCUGUGUAGCCCUGGCUGUACUGGAGUGUACUCUAGAUCAGGCUGGCCUCAAACUCAGAGAUCCACCUGUCUCUGCCUCUGCCUGCGAGGGCUGGGAUUAAAGAUGUGCUACCAUGCUGACCUUUGUUUUGUUUAUUUAUUUAAUUGCUGGGAAAUCAAACCCAGAACCUAGCAUACACUAAGCAGACACUCUACUUGGAGUUAUAACUUCAUGUUCUGCAAAACUUAACGAAAGCUUGUUUUGUCUCCCUCUUAAGGUCUAUAACCUAUGCUAGCAUCAAAGUUUCCACCCACCUGCCUCAGCCCUCUAAGUUCUGGGAAAAAGAAAAGAAACUGGAAGAUACUACCCACUGUGUGU